GUUUUGUUUUCCGCGUUUUUCAUGAGUGAUGUGUUAUUUUUACGGAUGAUAUUGUUUCCUGCACUAUUUGCCAUUGUAUUCUUGUUAAUACAAAUUUGAAAGUUCCAUUUGUUUUGAACAGAGCGAUCAAGUUUAUUGUAGAAGAUGACUCAAGUAAUUUCCAGUUACCUUCGAAGUAAUGGAUUUUCCAAGACGGUCUCCAUUGAGCAGCGCAUACACGAGAGCAAAAGGGAUGGCAAAACCCCCACGAUCAUCAUCGAUCUGAUGUAUUACGACCAGCUCGAGGGGUACCUAACGCGUACGGGCACCAGAGAGAAGAUGGGAGAUCUUUGCGGUAUUUCGCGGAUGCGGGUCCAGAAGCUGGAACGGUUCGUGGCGAAGAUGAAGGAAUGGGGAGCAGAGUUGAUUUUCAUUACCAAUGGGCCGUACUUUGACACCAGCGGACAGAUCAUCCCGGACGAGGAUGAUUUGAAGGGUAGUAGCAAGGAUUGGCGGUACAAUCUGCAGUGUGCAAUUAUUGAUUAUCUGGGAAAUGAGCAUUAUAGCAGGGUGGCCGAAGAUGCCCGAUUUAUUCCGAUCGAACGCAUCUGGACGGAAUCGGUAGUGAAGAUUGUUCGCAAGUAUGGUAAGAUCCUUUGGGCAUGGGACAAUACUCGCCAUCAGGAGAUUGUCAAAAAUGCGUCGGUUAACGAUGCCCUUGCGAUCAUUUCGAAGAACUUUGCUGUACUGCUGUACAGUGGAUUGGCGUUUCCUCGGUACAAGCUGUGGUCUUUGGUAAACUGUUCGGUAGAAUCAAUGACGACGGAUGAGUUCGACCCGCUGGUUAUAAGGCGAACACUGCAGCUUUCCGCCAAACAGAUGAGACUGCUGGCGGCUCUCGCGGAUCGGUACUAUGCCACUCAGACUUUCUGCAACUUUGUUGAUCGAAUGCAGUUCGAUAAAAAUUCACGAACUGUGUUCAGGACAUUGGCCAUGUAUGUGAAGAAGACGGCCGGUAACUUGCAGGAGCUGGACUACCUCAAGAUUGCUCGGGAUUUAUUUGGCGAACAGAAAUAUAUAGAGAAGUUCGAUGAGUUCAAAUCGGUUUGCGAGAGUUACGACAUCAACAAGAUUACCCUGUCCACCGAACAGAAUAACGACUCGGUCAGUAUGCAGCUUAAAAAGCAGGAUUCAUUCAACUAUGACAUCUAUCACGGAAUGAAGUUUACCGUUUCAAUCACGUUCAUCGAUUACCGGUACUGGCUACAGCGUGAUGUUGAUUUCUACGAGAUUUGUAUGUCUCUUUACCGGCGUAUUUGUGGCGUGAUUCUACAGCACAAGAAGGAUCCCACCUUGAUGCGGUAUGUGAACAUUAAACGUAGCCAUCAGGAUGAAUAUGCCACCGUAGAACUGGAACCAGAGUACCCGGAAGGGCUGUAUGUUCCUUCGUUGGAAUUCAUCUUCUCGCUGGAGGGAUUUAGCAGAAUUGUUCCGGAGUUCAAUAUUCGCAUGUUGGAAUUCAUCACAGGCAUGGAACUGGAUCGCCACGCAUUGGAGUUCUUCUGGAAGACCGAUCAGCGCUCGCUGUUGCAAGAUAGCGUAACGUUGCGGUACAUGGUUAAGUUGAACAUGAUGGAUACCUUUGAGGCGGAUAUCUUUCUGUUGGGAAUCCACCGGUGUGUCCGCGAGCCACCGGAGGCCCAUGAAUUGCCGAAGCAUUUGCAUCUUCGUGCGUUCCAUUUGUACUUUAUGUACAUAAAAAUGCGCACCUUGGUAAAGCACAGCUUCUACAGCGCAGGACUGGAUGAUACAUUCAUGGACGAAUGUUACCUCGAUGGUAUCCUAUUUCAGACGAUGUUCCAGCAGUGGGAUUCGUCAGGCGAGACGGAAAAGUUCCGCGAGGAGGUGACCCUACUCGAACGUUUCCGGUUGUAUUGAUCGGUAGCUCUAGUGUUUGUUUUCGAAUCAAUACACAAACAUUUGGCUGAAUAAGCGUAUACGUAACGAGAGACAUGACUAACAUCAUCGAGAUAAUAUUAACAGAAAGAUAGGUACUGAUGGCACAAUAAAAGAAAGUUUUUAGUCAAGCCGCUGGAUUGGAUUAGUCGGUACCUAUCUUUUUUUUCAGAGAAUUGACACAACGUCUACAUUUAGUUUUAAAAAUGAUCAAAGAAUUUUGUCAAUAUCACAUUAUCAUCAUACUUGAA